AAUUAGGCCUCUACAUGCGUCUCUGCCCGCCCGUGUCGAGGAAUCUCUGUUCCCAGAAGAAGAUAUAGUGGAACCGGAGGCCCUGAUACCACGGGAGAGUGAGGAGGAACCAUCUUCACAGGGGAUCAGGACAGCUGUGGAUCAUCGUCUUCGCCUAUCUCGUACAGACCGAGCCCACGAACCAAACUGGUAUUUAGGAAAGAUUCAUCGCCUCUGCGAGGCGGGCAACACUCAGGCUGCGCUUCAUGUAUUUUUCGUACGGAUGUUAACAAAGGACCGUGUAAUGCCCGACCGCAACCUCAUUCACGUCCUUCUCUCUGGCCUGGCUAGCGUGGGCGACAGUGAUUCUGCUUUCAAAGUUUAUCGUAAGAUGACAGAACUGGGCAUCCCAGCUGCGCAGUCAACUUACUCUCGGCUUUUCAAGGCAUGCGCGGAAGACAUCGCCGCCUGGCAGCGCCAACAUCGGUACGACUUCAAAGCUCUCCCAAAUGCUUACGGCGACCAGUAA